CAAAGUAUUUGCCGAAUUUGGCGUGGAGUUCAUCAAAGAAGCAGUCUCCCCGGCUCGUAUCUGCGCGGCUGGAUCGAGAGCCGCGGGGCUGCCCUAGCUGCGGCGCGCACAGCUGAGCCACGAAGUCUUUGCGUUCCCGGAGUUGUCGCCUGGCCAGCUGGAACACUUGGAGCCGGGAGGGCGGGAAAGCGGGGCCCAGCCAAAGCCUGCGUGCCUGACCGCCGCGCCCCUGCAGCCCUGCCGGAGCUGCUCCACACUGCCCGGCUCAGCGCCACGCCCUCCGCGGCUCCACCACCAGUGCGCUCCCCGCGCUCACCCCCCGCCCCAGGACGGCGGCCACAGGGCGUAUCCGAUGGCUCCUGCCGGAUCCCCAGCACUCGGGCACGCAGGGAGAGAACAAAGCUUUGUGGAGAGCAUUGGCCCGGGGACAGUGCGCUUGGGGACGCAAGCUGUGGGCCUGCGCGUGGUCCCCUCGGACCCCACGACUCCUACUCCCGAGCAAGCGUCGAGGGGUGGUAGCCGAAACUGAGAAACCGAUCUGAUAACUGGCUAGGGAGGUCUGGGAGAACCGCCCGCGAGCCCGAAGGAAAUGAGGAAGGCUCCCGGGAGGCGCCGGCGGGCAGGUGCCGCGGGAGGCCGAACGCAGUCCUUUCCCUCCCGGGUCAGUCUCGGAGCAGCCAAGGUGCAUGUCAAGUUGAUCUCGGCCGCCCAGAGAAAGCAAAAAAGAACUCGGGGAACCCAGACACUCUGGGCGCAUUCCCAGCGUCGGCAGCUUUUAGAAAAAAGAAAUCAUCGCGGAGAAAAGAUGCUUUCUCCUCCUUAGAAAAUGAGGAACCUCUUUCCCACCCCAGAACCUCGGAGACAGCAGAUCCCACCCACCGUGAAGAGUCUCUUGGGGCGCAGGGAUCGUUGGUUUGGGAUCCCCUAAAAAACGAGGGCCCGGUGGAUGGUGUCUUUGCUCGGAUCUGGAAAGCCCAGGCUGCAUAGCUGGAACCCCGCGCGCUUCUCCCCACCACGCUGCGAGCAGCAGGCGCAUCCACGCCUGUCCAGCCAAGGUCACCCAGUGACCUCAUCCCCCCGUCUGCCAUCAACCCCGCCGGCGUUGGCCACUCUCCCCUGCUCCCUCCCAAGAAGCGUCGGUGCGUUUUAUGAUUUUAUUCCUAGCCGGAGGUCGUCGGUGACAGACCCCAGCGUGGAUUUUGAACCUGGACAGAGGGCGCGGCCACCCAGCGCGGGACUGCGCAGGAGCGGCGCGCCCCAGGACAGGCUUCGGGCUCUGCUAAGGAGCUGAAACGCGCCCACCCGUGCGUGGGCGCUGUUCCUCUACCUCCUCCUUCCGGAAGCUCGUCGUGACCGGCGCCCGAUUCUGGCUCUGCGGUCGCCACGACCUCAGUACUCGCUUGGAGAAAGGCGGCGCGGGAACCGCGCUUCCUUCCACGCAGCAGGAGCCACGCAAUACGCCCCUCGGGGCACCAGUGAAACAGUAGCAGCCACCUUCCACGUCCUCCCUGUUGUGUGCCCCUGGCGGAGGUCCGUGCGCGGCCGGCCUCGGUAGCACCCUGGACAGCGCGCUCUGGCGGGCGGGGGCUCACGCGCCUGCACGCCUCCCACUGGGGCCUCUGACUCAAGCUGGCGCGCGCAGUCAGCCUCGCACCCUCGCCCUCGCCCACGUCCUCUCUCCGCCGCCCCCUCAGCCAUCCCCACUAAGCUCCCUCCCGGCGCCCUGUACUUUCCACUGUCCGGGUCCCCCUGACUCCUUCCCCAUUGAACCUGCACGGCUUCCAAAGCGUGUCCAGAUCCCUAAGCCCGACCCGCCGCGCGCACCCGCGCAGGCAGACACGCACGUUGGCUGUCCCUGUGUGACACCCACCCUCGCCGCGCGCGGUGCCCCCUCCCGCCACACACACACACACACACAACACACACAACACACAUACGCACGCGCGCGCGCGCGCACGGGGCCGAGCUGGUGGCAGCUUCCCCAGCAGCUCGCACUCGGAAGCAACCUGCUCCCGGCUCGCAGCGCUGAUGGCAUCUCCGGGCUCCGGCUUCUGGUCCUUCGGGACUGAAGAUGGCUCCGGAGACCCCGAGAACCCUGGCACAGCGAGAGCCUGGUGCCAGGUGGCCCAGAAGUUCACGGGCGGCAUCGGAAACAAGCUGUGCGCGCUGCUCUACGGGGACACCGAGAAGCCAGCCGACAGCGGCGGGAACCAGCCCUCGCGGGCCCCCGCCCGGAAGGCCGCCUGUGCCUGCGACCAGAAGCCCUGCAGCUGCCCCAAAGCGGACGUCAACUACGCCUUUCUGCACGCAACAGACCUGCUGCCCGCCUUCGGGGGCGAGAGGCCCACCCUCGCCUUUCUGCAAGAGGUUGUGGACAUUCUGCUUCAGUACGUGGUGAAAAGUUUUGAUCGAUCCACCAAAGUGAUCGAUUUCCAUUAUCCCAAUGAGCUUCUUCAAGAGUAUAAUUGGGAACUGGCAGAGCACCCACAAAAUUUGGAGGAAAUUUUGAUGCAUUGCCAAACAACUCUAAAAUAUGCAAUUAAAACAGGGCAUCCCCGAUAUUUCAAUCAACUGUCCACUGGCUUGGAUAUGGUUGGAUUAGCAGCAGACUGGCUGACAUCAACAGCCAACACUAACAUGUUCACCUAUGAAAUCGCUCCUGUAUUUGUGCUUUUGGAAUAUGUCACGCUAAAGAAAAUGAGAGAAAUCAUUGGCUGGCCAGGGGGCUCUGGCGAUGGGAUAUUUUCUCCUGGUGGCGCCAUAUCGAACAUGUACGCCAUGCUGAUCGCGCGCUUUAAGAUGUUCCCGGAAGUCAAGGAGAAAGGAAUGGCUGCUGUCCCCAGGCUCAUCGCCUUCACGUCGGAGCAUAGUCAUUUUUCUCUGAAGAAGGGAGCUGCAGCCUUAGGGAUUGGAACAGACAGCGUGAUUCUGAUCAAAUGCGACGAGAGAGGGAAAAUGAUCCCCUCCGAUCUUGAAAGAAGAAUCCUGGAAGCCAAACAAAAGGGAUUCGUUCCUUUCUUGGUGAGUGCCACGGCGGGCACCACCGUGUAUGGAGCGUUCGACCCCCUCCUGGCUGUGGCUGACAUUUGCAAGAAGUAUAAGAUCUGGAUGCACGUGGACGCCGCCUGGGGCGGGGGAUUACUGAUGUCCCGGAAACACAAGUGGAAACUGAGUGGCGUGGAGAGGGCCAACUCUGUGACGUGGAAUCCACACAAGAUGAUGGGGGUCCCACUGCAGUGUUCUGCUCUCCUGGUUAGAGAAGAGGGUUUGAUGCAGAGUUGCAACCAGAUGCACGCUUCCUACCUCUUUCAGCAGGACAAACACUACGACCUGUCCUACGACACCGGGGACAAGGCCUUGCAGUGCGGGCGCCACGUGGAUGUUUUCAAACUAUGGCUCAUGUGGAGGGCAAAGGGGACUGCUGGGUUCGAGGCACAUAUUGAUAAGUGUUUGGAGCUGGCGGAGUACUUAUACAACAUCAUAAAAAACCGAGAAGGCUAUGAGAUGGUGUUUGAUGGGAAGCCCCAGCACACAAAUGUCUGCUUCUGGUACGUCCCUCCAAGUCUGCGUGUUCUGGAUGACAAUGAAGAGAGAAUGAGCCGCCUCUCGAAGGUGGCCCCGGUGAUCAAAGCCAGAAUGAUGGAGUACGGGACCACGAUGGUCAGCUACCAGCCCCUGGGAGACAAGGUCAACUUCUUCCGCAUGGUCAUCUCAAACCCCGCGGCCACUCAUCAAGACAUCGACUUCCUCAUCGAAGAGAUAGAACGCCUCGGGCAAGACCUAUAACAGGCUGCCUCACCAAGCUCUUCUGAGUCCCUAGGUAGACAAUGGAGUCGUCACAAACCGCAUCAAUGUAUUUGUAGUUUGUUCCAAAGUGAAUCUAUUUCUAUAUUGUGGUGUCAAAGUAGAGUACAGUUGAAAAAUCCAGAAAACAUUGCUCCUUUUAAAAGUCGUUUCUUAAGUUUAGAAUACCUCCCUACCAAUUUGGUGACAAAAGGCUGUGUUGUAACCCGUAAGGAGAAGCUGGCAAUUGUGAGAACUACUUCCCUUACUUUUAAUAUAGCAUGCAAAUCAAACUUUAUUUUCACUGCAGAGUAGUGGGGUUGAAUUGUGCCAAACUGCCCCAGAAUCAUCAAAGUAUUACCUGGGGCAGAGUGAAAGGGAUAAAGUAAAUAUAAAAUGUAUGUUGACAAUAAAAUACUCUUGCCUUUUUCAUAGUAUUAGAGAAAAAAUUUCUAAUUUACCUAGAGCAACACUUCAAAUGUAUUUAAAUACAUAUAAUUUUACAAAAGGAAAAUAUAUAUAUUAAAAAGAAAUCCUAUUUUGUAACAUAUAGAUUUUUAUUUUAUAUGGGUUAUGAAACUGCAGGGGCAGAUACAAAACUUAAGCCAGAUUGCUUUUUCUCUUUCUUUUCAUGGAAGGUUCCAUUAGACCCUUAGCGAAGUUAUUUUGAAACAUAGGCCCACGAAAUUCUUCAAAGGAAUGAUCCCUUUUUUCAGUCCAUGUUAGAAGCUUCUCGCAUCUCAAAUUGGUGUUUCAAAACAAACACAAAGGAAUACUGCACGUUCUUCGGAAAGUUCAGUCAAAUAAAAAAAGGAGGCUCUCUUCCUAAGAUUGCCUCUCACUCCACCCUGAACAGACCACUCUGUGGGCGAGACGAGCCAAUCUUUUCUCCCAACAAGAUCCAGAUGAAUGGUACUAUGCAGACAUAAGAUCCCUAGAAUUCAAAUUCAAAGUAAUACUUGUUACACAUCCUGCUUCCCCUGCAAACCUGAUGCGAACCUGAUGGGGAGACAUGAGCUGGGGGAGGCUUCCAGAGGCACUCAUGGCGCCCCCAGGUUGUCAGAUCCCCAGUGCUGUUAGGAGAAGUGAGGACUUGCUGACUGUGGAUGGGUCGUUCAGCAGUUAGCCUGCAGAUGUGCCAGGGAGGAGAGGGCACUGUCCGUCAGCAGAGAGAGAUGCCCGGAGUGUGACCACAGCGUGCAACCAUCUGCUCUUCAUAAACUUGCCCCUCCUGCGUUUCUCGCAGGUUAUGUACAGACACCACUGGUUCUUGACCAGAGCCUGGCUCUGGGCCCUUUCAGUGUCAAAAGCAAACGGAUUCCUUUUGAAGACUCGAAGAAAACUCUGUAACUGUGCUUUGGCCUCCCGUUCCAGGCCGACCUCUCCUUACUGGAACAAGCACACAGUAUGCCCAUCUGUCUUGAGCCUCGGGCCCAAGGUCCCAUCUCAGAGGCAGAGCCUCUAAUAUAUCAAAGCCACCGUCUUGCUUGGCAAAGACAGUGGAGCCCAGAGUCCUGGGGAACCGACCCCUCUGGACUUAAGGGUGCUUACCUCUUGGUGGUCAGCGCCUACAGCAGCAGCUGUUGCUUUUUUAGUUUGAUGAGGUGACAUAAUUUAAAAAGGAAAUUUGUGCUCCUUAUGAAAUUCUAGUAAAAUAAUUAUUAACUUCCUGCCCUUCUAGAACCUUCUUGAAUUUUCCGGGUGCCUUGCUCAUGCCUAUGCAGGGGAACCCCCGCCAACCAUAGCCCAGGGAAGGAGGCAAAUGAAAGGCCAGGGAAGGAGCGGUAGGAGGCAAGGACGGAAGGAAGGGGAGAAGAUUGUUAUUCGUCCAGAUUCCCAGUGCCAAAGCCCUUCAUGGGGGACUAUUCCUUACAAAUCACAGAAAUGUUUGGUUUUAGCUUUAAUCAGAAUAGACGUGGCCAUUUUCAUUUAUACAGCAAUAUUGUGUUUAUUAUUUAAAAUACUUGAAAAAUAAAAGGUGUGGUAUGUCCUCAUCUGAGAUGUGCAGAUGGUGUGGACUUCGCGUCCUCACUCGUGCGUGUGACUGUGUUGCCUCGAUGAGGCCGACAGUACUGAGCUGUCGCCUCCAACCGCGGUUGUGCACUUUAGCGCUGAACUGUACGGUGUUGCGAAUCAACAUGUGUUGCUGUAAAAGCUUGUGCAACCUAUUACCAGUCCGUCCUUUGCCGUGUGGUAGCUGUGUUGAACUUUGAUCUCGUGAGAACUGCAUUUACCCCUGUCCAUCCCUCCCUCUCCCCUCAACACCCCCCACCCCCAACAUCAGCUCUAACAGAGAAGGUGCCCUCAGCUAAGCCCCCUCCCAAGAAACCUCUUUUGAGGAUCUCCGUGACUUCACAAAGGGCAAGGGGAGUGUCACAAACGGCCUGCCUCGCCGUGACGACCCCGCGAGUACCGUUGGAGGUACUGUUCCCGCAAACACAGACCCAGACCGGGAAAGCAUGGUGUAAAUAUCCUAGCGGGGUGGGCGAGGCGCUGGGGAACCCAGGCCGAACCUCACCUGGCACGUGCCCUGCUGUUUUCCAUCGCACAAUGCAAACACUGUGCAUUGUUACUCACCUGUGCCAAAAUACCGUUCCCACCCGGUGUCCCUCAAUGACAUCGGCAUCGCCCCCACCCCGCUCCAUGACUAAAGACAGCAAAACAACUAAAAAUAAAAUGUACACACAUGUGGCAACCUGUUCUUACCAAAUAUCAACUUGUGUAUGAUCCAAGUAUUUUAUCUGUGUUGUCUCUCUUAAUCCAAAUAAAUGUGUAAGUGUGGACGUA